AUGUCGCGUUCACAGCCUGACGAAGAGGCGCAAUGGCUACAGGCUUUUAUCCGCGACGUCGACGAAAGGACAUCCAAAAGCUCUACUACCAAGCUACUUCCCUCCGUGCACCGACUAAAACAGUUGAUUGAGAGCAGGCCUCAGCUCCGCAUGUGGGCAGCAGCAAUGUUUGAGGAAGUGCCAAACAAGGCUCCUUACAACGCCGUCAACCAAGCGAGCCCGCCGCGGAGCCUCGUCCGAGGGUACGAGCACAUGAUUGAGCUGCUCAACGUCAUUGUUGCCCAAGUGGCCCCAACCUGGACGCUUUCCACCAAGGGUAGCAUCAAGCUCAUGGGAGUCCCCGUUCAGGCCAUCCUCGACUGGGCAAUGGGCACCCCCAGCGGGCACGCCUUCUUCCUGGACGCGCAAGUCAAUGCCUGCUUCAAGGAGAUACUUGGUGUCUGGCGCGAUGAGCUGCUCGCUACGAGCAAGUCCCAGAGCGUCAUCACGACUGCUCCAGGCAACUGGCUGUCUCCCGAGGCCGUGGCUGCGAUUGAAAAGGACGCCAACCUGGACCGCAGCGAGCGGUAUACGUUUGAAGAGCUAUUUCUCUGCGACCCUCGAGGCGACCCAGUACAUUGGGGAUUCAAGUCUUUCGAUGACUUUUUCGUCCGUCGCUUCAGGGACUUUGACAAGUUGCGCCCGGUCGGCUACCCAGACCGGCCGGAGUGGGUUGUAAAUUCGUGCGAGUCCAAGCCGUCGGCCAUCAGGUCGCAAGUCAAGGAGGUUGACAGUUUUUGGCUCAAGGCUACAAACUACUCCGUUUCAGAGAUGCUCAACCAUCACGAAUGGGCCGAGAAGUUUGUAGGCGGCACCGUGCACCAGUCAGUGUUGCUGACAACGUCGUAUCAUCGCUGGACCGCGCCCGUGUCGGGCAGCGUCGUGCACGCCGAGGUCAUUGCCGGUGCCUACUUUUCGGAGCGCUCGACCAACGGCAUCGGCACCGAGCCCGUCUCCGCGCCGCUUUUCAAUCUAGUAUACCUCAGCCACGUUGCGACGCGCGCCGUCGUCUUUAUACAGGCCGAUGAGCCCGUCGGUCUAAUGUGCUUUAUUGGCAUCGGCCUCGCCGACGUGUCCUCGUGCGAAAUUCUCCCCAAGUUUAUGACGGGCUGGCCAAAGAGGAUUCAAAAGGGAGAGGAGCUUGGCAUGUUCCACUACGGCGGCUCGAGCCAAUGUCUGUUGUUCCGCAGAGGACUGAAGCUCGCUUUUACAGAGAAUGCGCUGCCUGGAAAUCAGUUUAGGACUCUCCCUGUUCGCAGUCCCUUGGCUCUGGCAUACGAGUAG